AUGGCCAGUACAGUCGAAAAGAAUGAUCUGCACUACUGCCUUGCCGGCCUGCGAGAUGCUUCUUCACGCCUCUUAAACACUGAUUUCUCUCUUUUUGACAUUAUUGAUUUUAAGAAUAAUGCGCAUAUCGCGGAGGAGUUCGUCGAUAGACUAUUAAGCGAUGAAGCUUACCAGGAACCUUCAGAUAGUGUCAAAGUUGACGAGGUAGAAACGCAGAUGAGGUUGCCGGAAUGGUUUGACGAAAAAAAGUACAACCAAGGAAGGCGUUUCUUUUGGGAUUUUUGUUUUGGAUUUUCGAUGGUCAGCAUGUUGGGUCUCAUCGGAGUGUACGCCGUCCCCACGAUACUCGCCGUCCUAGUAGGCAGUCGCCGUUCCAACUCUCCGUACACGGCUUACAAACGAUAUUCGUCAACUUUCAUGCAUUUUGCGACUUGGUUAAAACAUGAAUUAAAACCUGGGACAGUAGCUUGGAAAUCGUUAUAUACAGUCAGAUGUCGACAUGUACAAGCUGGUCGAGCGGCUAGACUCAAAGGCAAGGGCAUGAUUUCCCAGAGAGACAUGGCUCUCACUUUAUUUAGUGGUCUUGGCUUUGCUAUUCUUAAACCUGACAAAUUUUCCAUUCACCAAAUAGAAGAAGGUGAUUGGGAAGCGUGCAUUCACUUCUGGAGAGUCAUUGGAUACAUGAUAGGACUGCAAGAUAGAUACAAUAUUUGUCAGGAAACAUACGAGGAGACGCGGCAAGUAUUGCAGAGGAUUGUAGAUAAGGUUUUCACGCCGUGUUUAGAGAACGUUCCGGAAUAUUUUGAGCACAUAAGUCAUGUGACCGUUGAUGGCUUGCAAGCCGUCAAUAGUGGGUUAGAGAAAACAUCCCUUCUGUAUUGGAUGAGGCACAUAGCUGACGUGCCCGGGUACAUUUACACGGAACAGGAACGUAUGGCUUUACAAGAUAAGUUGAGGAAGUAUCUAAAGGGAAAGUCGCCUCAAACUGGCGUAGAGUCAAGGGCACUAAUCGAGAAGAGCGCUAUAAAUGGUCUGCCCGACGUACCCUCUCGAGUCUUAUAUGUCCACGACUACAGCUCUUUCGAAACCGCGCCUGCGUACAAAGCACUUCCCUUUAUUGGAAAAUAUAAGCUGGCCGUUAUUUACCUCACGUUUGCAUUGUACUCGACAUGGAUAGGACGAGUGCUACUAAACCUUCAGUACAGAUGGACACUAUUCAUCGGUACAUAUAUUCCAUACAUAGCGAUGUGGAGAUACGGCUUUAAGAAAGCUUUCAUCGAUAUCUUUAAAGAAAGUCCGUUUGAUAACACGGCUCCCAAGCCAAAUGCAGAAUACUAUAAGCCACAACCUCCCGAACCUUGGUACAAGUCUUACCUUGCUUUGCUCUGGUAA